UUAAAGUACUUUUACUGUGGAAUUUUCUGUUGUCUCUUUGUGGCUGUUUUAUGUCUAAUUUUUGGUGUUUUACGUCUUGCUUUUUCCCAUUUUAUGUUUAAUUUUAGAUUUUUGCAUCUUGUUUUGGCUUUUAUGUCUCAUUUUUUCCUGUUUUAUGUCUAAUUUUUGUUGUUCUUACGUCUUGGUUUGGCUGUUCUAUGUCUAAUUUUAGUUUUUUGUGUUGUGGUAUUUUUAAGUGGUUUUGGUUCAUGUUCAUGAAUGGUGAUGAGGUGUAGAGUGGUGAUGUGGUGUAGAGUGGUGAUGAGGUGUACAAUGAGGUGAUGAGGUGUAGAGUGGUGAUGUGGUGAUGAGGUGUAGAAUGAGGUGUAGAGUGGUGAUGAGGUGUAUAGUGGUGAUGAGGUGUACAAUGAGGUGUAGAGUGGUGAUGAGGUGUAGAAUGAGGUGUAGAGUGGUGAUGAGGUGUAGAGUGGUGAUGAGGUGUAGAAUGAGGUGUAGAGUGGUGAUGAGGUGUAGAAUGAGGUGUAGAGUGGUGAUGAGGUGUAGAAUGAGGUGUAGAAUGAGGUGUAGAGUGGUGAUGAGGUGUAGAGUGGUGAUGAGGUGUAGAAUGAGGUGUAGAGUGGUGAUGAGGUGUAGAGUGGUGAUGAGGUGUAGAGUGGUGAUGAGGUGUAGAAUGAGGUGUAGAGUGGUGAUGAGGUGUAUAGUGGUGAUGAGGUGUAGAAUGAGGUGUAGAGUGGUGAUGAGGUGUAGAGUGGUGAUGAGGUGUAGAAUGAGGUGUAGAGUGGUGAUGAGGUGUAGAGUGGUGAUGAGGUGUAGAAUGAGGUGUAGAGUGGUGAUGAGGUGUAGAGUGGUGAUGAGGUGUAGAAUGAGGUGUAGAGUGGUGAUGAGGUGUAGAAUGAGGUGUAGAGUGGUGAUGAGGUGUAGAGUGGUGAUGAGGUGUAGAAUGAGGUGUAGAGUGGUGAUGAGGUGUAGAAUGAGGUGUAGAGUGGUGAUGAGGUGUAGAAUGAGGUGUAGAGUGGUGAUGAGGUGUAGGGUUAGAUAACGUGUAGAAUGAGGUGUUGGAUGGUCUGACUGCAGGUCACUCUGCUGUCAGGGUAUUCUGAGGUGCAGCAGACUGUUCUGACUGCCUUCUGGGUGAAAUGCAGCACAGAAUGCGACUGACUGCGGUCUGAACGGUUAAAUUCCUGCAGAACCUGAAGUGCCACAAACACUCUGUGACUCACGUUAAUCCAUGUUGUGCAACAGGCAGCAAACUGAAGCAACCAGCAGCAGAAGCAGGAAGCAGCAGCAGCAGAAGAAGAAGACCAUGAGACGAAGGCUGCAGGACCAGAGACACUGACGGGACACAGACAGAGAGACAGACAGAUGGGAUGUGUGUGAGCCUGUAGAGCGUGUGUGUGUGUGUGUGUGUGUGUGUGUGUGUGUGUGUGUGUGUGUUUGUGUGUGUGAGGAUGAGUGGUGGUAAAAAGAGGAGUGGCUUCCAGAUCACCAGUGUGACCUCAGACUUACACCAAAGUCCAGCCGGCCAAUCAUCUCCCAGCGUGGUCCUGUCCGUCCUCCAAUCAGACGCCUCCUCCUGCAGCUCUCAAGGAAGCUCCUCCCAGCCGACCACGCCCUCCCUGAAGAGGAAGUAUGUCUCCCAUGAUGCUGCGGGGCAGGGGGCGGGGUUAUCCUCCAGGUUCAGGGUGGUGAGGCUGGCAGUGGGUGGGGCCGGCGGCGGGGGGCGGGGCGAGUCAUAUCGCCGAGGGCGAUGGACAUGUAUGGAGUUCCUGGAGAGACAGUCAGGGGCGGGGUUCAGGCGGGUGAUGGACAGCAUGAGACACGCCCACUCGCUGGAGUCUCUGGAGAUGAUUGGCCGAGACAGAGACACAGGUGGAGUCCACUCCCGGGACAUCCCCCACCUCCUGGCUCAGCCAAUGAGAGGGGUGGAAGGGGCGGGGCUUGUUUUGCGCAGCGGCCCACCUUCACCGACACACGAAGAGCCAAUCAACAUCCGGCUGCUGGACCGCAGGGAGCCAAUGAGAGUGCAGGGCUUAGACUCCACCCCUCCACCGCCUUCUCCCCGCCCACGAAAUGUCCCUCCUCCUCUACGAUUGGACGUAGACGCUGCAGGACGGUCUGUCCUCCGGCUGUCCCACUCUCAGCCCAACUCCCCCCCUGCUGGACCGUACCAUCCCUCUCUGACCCCUAUCCAGACUCCUUCAGCCUUCAGUCUGGACCAAACCAUCUUCAGCCUUCCGGGGGACGCCAGUAGUUCCAGUAACAGUCUGACCGCCAUCGACAACAAAAUUGAACAGGCCAUGGACCUGGUGAAGAGUCACCUGAUGCUAGCUGUCAGGGAGGAGGUGGAGCUUCUGAGGGAACAAAUCAGAGACCUGCAGGAGAAGAACCAGCAGCUGGAGAGAGAGAACCACAUCCUGAGAGCCCUGACACACAACCUGAACACAAUACAACGCUGAUACACAACACAACACAACCUGAGCACAACACAACCUGAGCACAAUACAACGCUGAUACACAACACAACUUGAGCAAAACACAACACUGAUACACAACACAACACAACCUGAGAACAACACAACACUGAUACAUAACACAACCUGAGAACAACACAACACUGAUACACAACACAACACAACUUGAGCACAACACAACACCGAUAGACAACACAACCUGAGGACAACACAACCUGAGCACAACACACUGCAACACAACAUGACCACUAUACAACGCUGACACACAACACAACUCAACCUACACAACACUGAUACAACCUGCACACAUCCUACACACCUGAUCACCAGGUGCUGUUCCUCUAUGGAUGUCAUCAUGGUAACAAGUGCGACUGUUGAGGAGCCUGGUUACCGUGACAACAGGACUGUUGGUAUCAGUUUCAGGUGUUCUGAGUGACGAUGAUGAAGGUUAGAGUGUAAUAAAUUAAUAAAGUCUAACUGCACAACAA